AUGGAUCAGAGAAGAGAGAAGAGUAAGAGAAUAUGGGAGGAGGAAGAAGACCCUCCGAUCUCUCAGGAGUUAAUUGCAAAAUUUUUGUUUGGGUUUGUAGAUUUUGCCUUUGCUGUUGAUGGGUUUUCUGUAAUUUUUGUAAAUAUUAAGGUGUUUAUUCCGAAACUUUUAGUUGGGUUUGUAGAUUUUUCCUUUGAUGUUGAUGGGUUUUGUGUACUUUUUGUAAAUGUUAAGGUAUAUAAAGCUAAAUCUGAGAACCAACUUGACAGAAAGAUCAAGAUUCUAGGAUCUGGUCGUGAAGGGGAGGAAUCUAACGGGAUAGCUGAACGAAAGAACAAAACCCUAAUGGACAUGGUGAACUAUUGCUUGGCUAAAGUAGCUAUUUCUGAACCUAAAAAGAGGAAAAUUGGUUCUAAGACUAAGAAUGAAGGUGAACCUGUCUCCCAGCUGAAGUAUUCUCAGCUGAUUGGAUCUCCCCUAUACAUAUCCAACCGGACUAGACCCGAUAUAGCUUAUGUUAUAGGGAGACUGAGCCGGUAUCCUGAUGCUAUAGAAGGAUAUAGUAAUGCUAACUGGUUCACGCAUAAGCCUGGUGACUGGAUUGAGGCAGUCCGCCGGCUAAGAGUGGAGGAUCAUCAUUUUCCGACGGUGACGACGUUGCUUUUGGUGGGGCCGAAAGGAUCGGGGAAGAGCUCGCUGAUUAAUAGGAUUUCUAGGGUUUUUGAGGAGGACAAGUUUGCGCCUGUUAGGGCACAAGUUUUUAAUAAUUCAUCGGUAAACAAUGGAUCCUGCUUCCUACAGGGGUACAUGAUUCCAAGGAGCUCCAAGUCCCUUUGUCUUUAUGACAGCCGUGGUUUGUCGAUAAGCAAAUCUGAUAACUUGGCAAUUCUAAAACAUUGGAUGACUGAAGGCGUCUCUCAUGGAGAAAUGGUCAUUAGGAAUUCGGAUACCACUGUUAUGAAGGAAAAAAUAAAAACCUUGGAACGACAGUAUACACUUUUUCCUUGCAGGAGGAGGUCUGUUAAUUUUGUUAUAUAUGUUGUUGAUGGAGUCUCUGUUCUGAAAUCAAUGAAAGAAGAGGAGUCAGAAUACCGUGAAAUGAUCAUUGAAAGCUUCAACUGUCCAUAUUUGUCAUUUAAAGAUGACAAACCAGCUGUUGUGGUCACUCACGGUGAUGAACUCUCUUUCCAUGAGCGUGCCCAAGUACGUACUUAUUUGGGAGAUAUUUUGGGUAUUCCACCCUCUGAACAAAUUUUUGAUAUCCCAGAUUCAAGUGACUACAACACGGAACUAGCUACGGUUGACAUGUUACGUUACUCUAUCGAGCAUGCAGAUAGAAACCUUCGCUGUAACCCGCCUUCCAUGGCUAAGGGUGUCGGUUGAUUUGGGGAGUUUGAAUAUGAGAGAAACCAGCAGCAUGCGACCCUCUUCUGCUUGUCAAGAUGAGGUUGAUGAGCAACGUAUCGAAAAUGAAACUACUACUGAAAAGGAUGGGACUGUUAUACGUGGUCAGAAUGAAAUAUCACAUCCUACUGAUGGACAUUUGACAGUGAUAAGCAAGGGAAAUGAGACCAGCUACCUGGAGAGUACCAGCUGCAUGCUGACCCUGAAGGUGAAUCGCUUUCACCCUGACCAUAAAGAAAAGCUAUGGAUCAGAAAGAGCAACCUAACCAUUCAAAUAAAGGUAUUGACUCUCUUUGCUAUCAUUAAAGCCAGUUUUUCAUGCAGAAAUUAAUAAAGAACAAAUUAUUGUCUUCUUAUUUUCA